AUGUUCAGUUAUUUCGUGGAGCGAGAGAAUUUUUUUGAGUUUAAUUUAAUGUAUCUUAUGUUAGUUGGCUUAUGGCCUGACGAGAAUUGGUCGAAAAUUCAAUAUAAUCUCUAUAAAAUAUACGAGAUCUUUAUACACUUACAAACUGUCUUGUUUCUGGUGAUAACUGGAAUUGGGAUAAUAGAACAUAAGAAUGGCGGAGUUACUUUGCUUUUGUCAAACUUAGAUAAAUCUCUCGUUGCGUACCAUUUUGCCAUCAAAGCAUUUUUUUUUACAGCACACCGUAAUCGCUUAAGAGCUCUAAUAAAUGAUAUCCUUCAUUCGGGGGAUACAGUUUCUAAAGAUCGAAGGCAAUUGAUGAUAAUUCUUGUUAUAUUUGUCACGGUAAUGUGUCUGUCAGUUGUCGGAACUUUUUGUAUAGUGGCUCAAUUGGAGUUUGAGAUGCCUGUGGAAGCGUGGAUGCCUUUUGACCCUUUGAAGAGUCAAAUGCACCUAGCCUUAGCAGCUCAGAUCCUGACAGUAUUGUUGUCUCCGUGUAUGUGCCGAGCACUAGCUAUGCAAGGUAUAGUCUGUAGUCUCACGAUGUACAUAUGCGAUCAGUUGAUAGAAUUACAACAAAGAUUGAGGGAUUUGACGUACAGUCAGGAAAACGAGAACUCGAUGAGGCAAGAAUUUCAUGCGAUCGUGAAAAAACACAUCCGUAUGAUGGGAUAUUCGAAGUCUAUGAACGACGUGUUCACAGAGUUCUUUUUGGUACAGAACCUUGCAGUUACUGUAGAAUUAUGCUUGAAUGCGAUAAUGUUUACAUUGGUAAGUAUCUACUACCACGGAGUGCAGGAAAAGAAAAUUCUGGCUCCGUUCUUGGGUUUCUUGCUGCUAGCUUUACUUAACGCUUACAUUUUUUGUUACUUAGGAAAUGAAUUAAUUAUACAAAGUGAAAGCAUAGCUUUGGCAGCGUAUGACACUUCUUGGAUCUCGUGGCCGGUAGACUUGCAAAAGGAUCUGCUAAUCCUCAUAAGGGUGGCUCAAAGGCCUUACCAGCUGAGUGCAGGGGGCAUAACGAUGAUGUGUAUUCAAACAUUCAGUCAAGCACUGUACAACGGGUAUUCCAUUUUUGCAGUUCUUAAGGACGCAGUCAAUUAACGAGACUAGCUAAGUGAUAAGUAAAUUUAAAAUCACAUGUAAAAUUUAAUGUAAACUAUUACAAUUAAGUAUAUAGUAAG